GGGUCGGCCCGCCCCCCCCACCCCGCUUCCCGACGGCCGGCGAAGAUGGCGGACAGGGCGAUGCGAGAGCUCUCCUCGCUGGAGAAAGCUCUGGGGCUGAGCAAGGGGAACAAGUACAGCACGCAGGGGGACAGAAAGGUCCCGGUCCUCCAGGCCAGUGACGGGCCCAGCCUGGUGGGGCUGGUGACCAUCGCCGCCCACCUGGUGCAGCAGGCCGGGCGCCCCGAGCUGCUGGGCUCCGGCGCCGAGCAGAAGGCCGUGGUGCAGCAGUGGUUGGAGUACAGGGUGACCCGGGUGGACCCCGGCACCAGGGAGGAGACCGGGACCAUAAUGAAGGACCUUAAUCAGUAUCUGGAAGAUAAGGUUUAUCUGGCAGGAGAUGACUUCACUUUAGCCGAUAUACUAAUGUACCAUGGAGUUCACCCGAUCAUGGCUGAGCUCGCGGUCCAGGAGAAGGAGACCUACGUCAACCUCUCGCGGUGGUUCGACCACGUUCAGCACUGCCCGGGGGUCCGCCAGCAGCUCCCCCCGGUGGUGGUCCUGAAGAACAGACUCUACAGCCACGCUCGCUAGGGGCUGCGGGCUUGUCCGAGAGGGCAGCGGGAGGCUGGCGGGGGGGGCGCCGUGAGGUUGAAGUCCGGACCGGCCCCCGCCAGCCGCGAACAGAACUGGUCUCCUGGGGUGUUUCCUGCCGUGCUAAUGUCAAGGGUACCAAGAAUGGGGCUGAUCUGAAGCCAAUUGUUGUUGUUUUUUUUUUUUAGAUUUAGAAGUAUUUAUGAGUAAAUAAUCCGGGAGUUUUGUUUUUUUUCUGGGGCGAGCGGACGGGAGAGUUUGGAAGACAGCGGAAGCCCUCCCCUGCCUGUGGUCUUGGUGUGGCAGCUCUCGGUGCCAUCCGUCCCCCUGGCGCGAGAGAGAGAGGUCGAGGCAUGAGCAGUGACAGGCCUGUUAGUGAGGUCCUUAACCGGAGGCGCAGUAAAGAAGGGCUUAAAAAGCACGUGCUCACCACGCCUUUCGGUUUUGGGUUAGGGUUAGGGUUCACCCCGUAUUCUUUUUUUUUAAUACCGUUUCUUCCUCUAUAUGGUAAUUGCUACAACUGUAAAUUCUUGGAAGGUUAGUACUAUACUGCUUUUGUCUUUGACUGCUAACAAAACCCCCUUUCAAUCUUCACUUAAUUACAACAUUAACCGCAAUCUUUAAUAUCUGUCCACAAUUUAAUAUGAAGCGGCCUCUCUGUUUUGGAAGUGUUGGUAAAGUCCGUACAGCAGCUUGAAGGACAGAUCCCCUAUAUGCUAACUGUUAUUUUAUUAUUUAUUUCCUUUUUGUACUUGGUUAGCUGGAGGGCUAGAAAUUCUUUCAUACUGGGUGCACAGUAUAUCGAUUCUAAGUGUAAAGCCUUUUUCUAAAAGAAUCUAGCAGUUAAGACUGAAUGGGAUCACUGUACAUCGGCUCUGUCCAUCCUUAUUUAGAGCAAAGUUUGCAAAUUCCAAACUGUGUAGCUACAAAAUUGUGCGUCACUGUCGGUUGCCUGACUGUUAACACUCUGGUGUUGUACUCUUGUUGAUCAACAGCAAAGGGGAAGUUACAACUCCAUGCCUUUAAAAUCUCUCCCCUGUUGUUUACAAAGCACAGUCCCAUCCAUGGCAGAAGCACCACCAAACUUCAUUUAAUUAAUGAAUGAAAAAAUAAUUUCGUUUGUAAGAUGCAAGCAAAUUCUUCAUAUUAUGACUUAAUUUGGUAAUAUUUACUUUUCAGAUGCUUUUUGCUUUUGUCUCACAUACUCCCGAUCUUGAUGAUAAAACCCAGUUUUCUCUCCCUUUUUAUUGUUACCUUUCCUGUCAGCUUUGUGGCGUCAGUACUGUAUGUGAACUGUUGACUGCUUACAAAGCUGUAAACUUAAUGUUAUUUAAUGGGUAUCAUGUAUUGUCUUGUGCCAAUAAAAAGGGAAAUGACUACUACA